AUGUCCUGUCACCGUCAUUCACACGGCGUCCCUCCAAUUCCUACAAACGAGUCGCAGUCAAUCAAUUCCCAUGUGCUCACGACCCAGCUGGUGGCUUUGAAUGUUGCAAAUCCGUCUUCUGACCUGGAGAAACUGUUCAAGACGCAAACCAACAAGUACGAAGUGAUACCUGAAAUCAGAUCAGAUGCCGAUAACCAAUUCAUACUCAGAAUCCCCUUUCAAGGAUCAGUGAAGCUAUACUCGAUCAUACUUCGGACAGCCCGCCAACCAGACCACUGUCCCCGCAUCAUCAAGCUUUACAAGAACCAAGACAGCUUAGACUUUGAUUCCGUGGGGGACACAAAGGCUACGCACGAGAUCGAGCAACCACAAAUUGGCCUUGAAAUUGAUGGAGAGUUGCCACGAGAAGUUGUCGCGGACGACACUUUUGUGGAACAUUAUCUCCCUCGCCACCACUUCAGCGGGGUCUCCUCUCUCACACUUUUUUUCCAGAACAAUUGGAGCGAUAACGACGACGAGGUGCUUAAACUUUACUCCAUAGAACUACGUGGAGAAUUCACUCCGUUGGCCAAAGACCCAGUGGUGACACUAUACGAGUCUGCGGCGAAUCCAGCAGACCACAAAAACCUCCUUGCCCAAGAGAACCACAACUACCAAAAUAUUUAG